CCUCGGUUGGACCACGCUAGUCUACUCCACUCUAUCUACCACUCCCUCGGAAACCCACCUAUGCAUCGCAUUUCCAUCUUGGCACCACUAUUACCAGCCGUACUUGUCGCUUUUUAUGAGCUUUCUUCAAGCAAAGCUCCCGAAUCAUGUUCUGAUUUACUGUCGACUCGCGGGCGACGUUUCCCAUACACAUCUCCGCACUCCGGGUAUCGUCUCCCGCAUGGGCUCGAGCCUAGAUCUCAAUGCGUGUGAUGUACCGACCCUCAUGUCAGGUCAAACCUGCACUAGUUACGAUACCCCGUGGGGAUCCAGGCUAAUGCACCAACCCCCGCUUCAGACUGCUGAUCAUGCCGGGACAUAACCGUUGUUGGUUGGUCAAAGGAUCUCACAUGUAGCUUGCAAGCUGCCGAAACUGCUCUAUAAUAAGCCUAAGUACCGCCCAGAAAUGAUACUGCCGUCUUAUAUUUGGGAAUAUCAAGUGUAUCUGGAGCAUCAUGACGCAUACUAGUGGCUAUAAUGUUGCUGUGGGCCUCAUCGUAGCGGUUGGAAGCUUCACCUACGGAUUUGGUUUCGCUUCCUUCGCGACCAGCAUAGGUCAACCUGGCUUCUUUGCAUACUUCGGUCUUUCGCAGACCGGGCCAGGGGCAUCUUAUACCAACUCCAUCAUCGGCGCCGUCAACGCCCUGUUCUUCUUUGGCGCUUGCCUCGGGGGGCUCUUCGGCGGGCCCACGGCCGACAAGAUCGGUCGGAAAUGGACGCUCUUUGGCGCAGCAUUGAUAUCCGUCAUCGGCGGUGCUUUGACAGCAGGUAGCGUGCACGUUGCCAUGCUCAUCGUCGUCCGAAUACUCCAAGGAAGCGGCCUCGGCGCUCUCGCAACCCUCGUCCCCAUCUACCUCUCUGAAGCCUCGACGCCAUCUAAGCGCGGCAUGCUGACCGGUCUUCAUGGCUUCUUCCUUGUCUCAGGCUACAACAUUUCUGCCUGGGUUGGUUUUGGGUGCUCCUUCUCCGACAACCUUACGUUUGGGUGGCGGGGGCCCAUAGCAUUCACCUGCAUCCCGCCUCUUGUCCUGCUCAUAGGAUGCUUCUGGAUCCCCGAGUCCCCUCGCUGGCUUAUCGCUCAGGGCCGCACCGACGAAGCCUGGACCAUCCUCAGCAGACUGCACCACGACCCCCACGACGAGGACCAGGUCGCCGCGCACGAGGAGUUCUACCAAAUGAAGAAGCAGAUCGAGUUCGAGGCGCAGAAUCCCAGCGGGUACAUCGCCAUCUUCCGCACGCCGUCGUACCGGAAGCGCGUAUUUCUGAGCUGCUUUGUGCAGUAUGCUGCGAAUGCGACGGGUGGGCUCGUCAUCAACUACUACUCUGUGAUUAUAUAUGGUAAUCUGGGGCUCUCGGGACACAUGCCGUUGUUGAUGUACUGCAUCUAUACGCUCAUCGGUGCGCUGGGGAAUCUUUUCUCGCUGCUGACCAUUGACAAGACGGGUCGGCGCUUCGCCCUGCUCACCGGCUUCACCGGCUGCAUGGUCUGCGUCGUCAUCGAAGCAGCCAUGGUAGGCGCCUACGUCGACGUCGCGACGCCCUCGCUCGGCGGCCAGAAAGUCGCCAUUGUAGCAAUCAUGAUGUUCGUCUUCUUCUACGGCCUCUUCAUCGACGCCGCCUCCUUCAUCUACAGCGCCGAAAUCCUCCCUACCAACAUCCGCCCCCACGGCGUCGCCCUCGCCACCACCACCUACUUCAUCGCCUGCAUCACCUUCGUCACGCCUGGCGCGACCGCCAUCGCCGCCAUCGGGUACAAGUACUUUGUCCUCUUCGCGUGUCUGACGCUCGUGAGCGUGAUUGUGGUGUACUUUAUGUAUCCGGAGACGAAGGGGAGGAGUUUGGAGGAGCUUGCGGAGCUGUUUGGGGAGAGGGUCGUGGUGCGGUUGACGGGGGUGGAUGGGGAGGAGAGGGAGGAGGUGCACGCAGAAAUCAAGAGGGAGAUGGUGGCGGAGAGGGUGGAGAAAGUGUAAGGGCCGAAAGGGGGAGAGGUCUGGAUGUAGAGAGUGCUGUGACUGAGUCAGAAUACGCGCUGUUGGUUGUACAGGGGUCAUCUUUCCUGGGAGAUGUGUGUGUUCAAAGUCAUGUCUGUUGUGAUACGUAUAGCUGAGCGCUGCCAUGGGCGAUUGCUUUGGGGCUUGAGAGAGAGCCCUGGGAUCGUCUCGAUGUGGUCAUUCCUGCAAUGUCCUCGUCGCAUGGCUAUAGCGGCAUGGAGAUGUUGGACCCUGGAAUAUCCUUGAUGCUAGUAUACGCGUCUGUUCUACUGUAACCCGUCAAGGACAACCAGCGGGAGACGGACCUGACAGGCGAGCGAUAUGCAUCGUAACGGCGU